CGGCACUGCUCAUCAUCAACUCCUCCCUCCCAGUAUUCGACCAGUCCCAGGUGUCCCCCACCACACUGUGCAGCUGGGCCAGAUAUGAAAGCAGAGAGGCCUGGCAGUAGGGAGGCGGAGCUCCAUCAUUCAGUGGGAGGAGCUCCAUUAGACGGGCGGAGCCACAUCACAAAAGGGGAGGAGUUCCAUCAUCUAAGAAACGGAUUCAGAGGCCUGACAGCCGCUGUGGGAGACGGAGGCAGACUUUCACCUUUGCCAACAAUGGCAGCAGGACGUUUCGACAACCUGCCCCAAAGGUCGUCAUUAGACAGUCCCAGCCGUGAUUUGUGUCAAACCUCCUCCUGUGUUCCUGCAGUGACAACAACAGCAUUGGGUAGUUCCAUCUCCAAAGGUCUAGAAAGGAGGAACCUUGAAAAUCCAUUGGGAAAUGGUUCAGAGGACAGCUGGAGGUUAACAGCAGUGCAGGGAAAGAGUGAAGAGAGAAUGAAGCAGCAGCAUCACGUGAGAUGGGCCGAUGAGCCUCAGGAGACGGACAGAGGAACACCCUUGGAGUGUCGUGGCGUCAUGGACGGUAGAGGAGCACCGGAGAAUUGGUGGGGGAGGAGGGAGACACUUCCGCUCACAAGUGACGCCAGCUGCCAAACUGAGGGUCCCACCAUGAGGACCCAGGGAACACAGAUGUCCUCGAAAACAGAGGAGGCUCACAGCACAAGUGUUCUUUCUUUUCGUGAUGAUGUGAGCAGAGUCAGUCCGGAGUUCUGCUCAGACCAUGCGGACACGCGGAGCUGCACCCCCAACACCAAAGACGUGUCAUGUGAUCAACCCAGCUAUUUCAUGUCCAACCACACUUCUGUCACAGACUCAUGUGAAGCACCAACUGAGACAGAGUCCAGUAAACUGGACAGCUACAAAUUAGAGCUAAAAAAGCAGAUCGAAGAAAAGAAAAGAAGGAAAGCAGAAGAAGAAGAACGAAUGCGGCUCGAGGAGGAGAGAGAUGAGAGGAGACUAGCGGAACAGAUACUCCAGCUGCAGCAGCAGUAUGAGAAGGAGAAACAGAGGGAGUCGCACUCUUGUAAGCUGAUGAGGGACGAAUGGGUCCCACAGUAGGCGGAGGACGGCGGCGCUCCACACCCUUCCAGAGCGUCGGGACGUCCUACUUGAGUUGGACAGAAAAUGGCUUGUAAAUUGUAAAUGUGUGUAACAUAUAUGAUGAUUCAUCCUUUAACAUUCAACCCAUAAAGUCAGAGUGACAGGCACGACAGCCAAUAAGAGCCAACUUCUCAGCAGCCUUUAAAUCUAAAUGU